AGCAUUUAGUACGCAACGAACUUUGCAAGUAAGCGGUUGUCGAUGCUCUCGUCGUAGCCCAUUGGAAUCGCACGCGUCGUCGCUGCCACGUGAAUUUCAACAGGGAAAAAGGAACCCAAAAAUAAGCACGCGCGCGUUACACAUGUGCGCGCCUGCAUGUGUGUGUGUAUGUGUGAGUGACUGUGUCGGUGCGUGUGUGCGUGCAUUUAUUUAUAAGCAGCGGCCAAUGUAAAAGUGUACAACAAAGUUGAGAAAGAUAUAGAAAGCAGAAAAUAAUCCAAAAUCUAUAAAUAAACCAGGCGGCUGCAGUUGACAAAAACAGCAGAAACACAAGAGAUUCGAAAUUAAGCGAAAUGAAAGCGAAAUUCAAAUUCGAACAGCUGCUGGUAGCGAUGCUCUGCUCGCUGCUUGCGUUUGCCGUCGCUGCUGCAUCCGAAGCACAGUCCGGCAACAGCUACGGUGCAUCCUUCAUAUCAAAUCCGGCUAUAUACGCCUAUACCGUUGCCAAUCAGCAGCAGCAACAACAACAACAACAGCAACAACAAAGACAAAAUCUCGACAAUCAAAACUUCAUAAACUUCGACACUGGCAAUUCGAAUGCAAAUGUGAAUGGCAAUUACCGCAAUUACUACUACACGGAUUCCAAUGCCACGCCCACGCAGAAUACGCCAGCCGUCAGCGCAGCCCCGGCCGCAGCCACGCAGCCAGCCCCCCUAACGGGCUGCACUCUGGACCGCCUGGCCGUCUAUAAGGUCGUCCUGCACACCUAUUGGACGCGCGAACUCUUCCCCAAGCACUAUCCGGACUGGCGGCCCACUGCCCAAUGGACCAAGACCCUAGGUCGCACACACAAUGCCAACUAUGCGCUAUACCACAUCGGACAGCCGGCAACGGGAGGCGUUAAGCAGUUCGCCGAGACGGGCAAAACGGAGCUGCUGGACAGCAAUGCCGGCGAGCAGCAGCAGCAACAGAUGCAGGCACAGGCACGGGCAACCUCAGCGGCAGCAGCAACCGGUGCUGGUAGUGCAGGAUCUGCUCCUGCAACGGCCGAGCGCAGCGUGUUUGACGAGUUUAGCCUGCCGGCCAUCCAGCUGGGAGCGGGACGCAGUGAGGCGAAGGUGUUUGUGGACAGCAAUCACAGUUUGGUGUCGCUAAUGACACGCAUUGUGCCCUCGCCGGACUGGUUCAUCGGCGUCGACUCAUUUGAGCUCUGCGUGGGCGGCUCCUGGAUUGAUACGGUGACCGUGGAGCUGGAUCCACUCGAUGCGGGCACCGACAACGGCUUCACCUUCACCGCACCCAACUGGCCAACGGCGCCCCAGGGCGUCAUCUAUCGCAUCACCUCGCGCUAUCCGGCCCAUCCGGCGGGCAGCUUUUACUAUCCGAAGAGCAAGCGAUUGCCGCCCAUCGCCACCUUCCAGUUUAUCAAGCUAAAGGAGUACGAACUGAGCGAAGUAUUCAACAUUGCCGAGGACGAUCGCAAAUAUGAAACAGUUCAGACCCAAACCCACCUCGACGCCGAGCACAAUCACGUGGAGAUGAACAACGAGCUCUCAGCCAGCAUCGAGCGGGAGAGGCAGCGGGACAGGGACUGGGCACUGCAGACACCGUUCACUGAUGAGAGACAGCGCAUUCGCUCCCAGCUGCUGGCCAAAAUGAACCCCAACUACAACAACAGCCAACUGUCGGGAGUGGGCAACGUGGUGCCCAAGAACGAUAAGCAUGCACUGCUGCAGAGUAUUGCGAGCAGCUACAGACGCAACGAUGCGGCCAACAACAACAACAUCACCGGCUACCCGGCAAAGGUCGCAGCUUCGGCUGCGGGUACAGCAGAACGCGUGGGCUCUGGAUCGGGUAUUGCAUCGGAGUCCGGCGCAGGCUCGACGCGGCGUCGCGCUUCAUUGGCGUCAAAGCGGCGUCGCGACUGCCGCGUCAGCCACUGGUCCGAGUGGACGGCCUGCAGCAAGAGCUGCGGCAUUGGCGAGAUGCAUCGAUAUCGCAAAGUCAUCAAGCAUGGCAAGCGCGGCGGCCGACCCUGCCCGGCGCUCCAGCAGUCCAAAUGGUGUGGCACCGAGCGCAACUGUCACGGGCCGCAGAGCUAUUUUAAUUGGUCCGACUCAGACACAUGAACGCGCUCUGCCCCAGCUCAGGCCAUAUAUAUAUAAUUUUAAUUUAAGGCGUAAGAAUUGCUUUUCGUGGACAACAGUGCAGAGAGGAAGGGAGAGACAGAGCGGGAGAGCGAGAGGGCCAGAAGGAAUAAGGCAGUGAGACCAGAGAGACCAGAGAGAGGCAGAGACAAACCCCAACAACUGCUGAGCGAUUUUAAUUUAAAUUUAGAUUACGAUACGAAAUUGAAAAUUGAUUUUAAAAGUGCACGCAAAUGCAGACAGUAACAUUUUCGACAUAUAUACAUACAUAUAUAUAAAUGGAAAAAUAAUGAAAGGGAAAAUCAUGGAAAUUGCAUAUGAAACCGAAGACUACUGACAAUAUUAAAAGCAAAAAGGAUUUAAAGGAAAGGAAUCAAGUGAAGCAAAAUAGCUCUCACUCAUUUGGCUAACACGAAACAAGAAAUGAUGAAAUCAAGAAAAUAAAAAGUCCCAAUAAAUUGUCGUUAAGUUCUUAAUUCAGUUGCUUAAGCUAAUUUUAAUGUAUAAACAAAUCAAGCGAAUCUUUCAAAUUAUGUGUCAUAUAUAAAUAUAUAUAUACAUAUACAUAAAGAAAAACAAAAGCGAACAACAAAAUCUUUAUAGUAGACGUACAAAUUUAAGAUUCAAAGCGACGAUGCGAGAGCGGCUUAGUAAAUAUUAAUUAAAUAUUUCGAAUGAAAACAAUUAAUAUACAAAAAUUAGCUUUUCAUUUAACCGAAAUUUUAAGAGAUUUUGUAACACUUACCUUUGGCAUUUUAUUAAACCGCCCUCGCAUAUCAAAGUAUAUUAACUUAAAAUCAAAUUAAACCAAAAAA